AUAAAAGUAAUCAAUUUACACUUUUUUGAGCGUAAAACGCUCUCCUCUCUGAGCCAUGACUGCGAGGAAAAGGGGGCGACCAAGGAAGAAGAAGGCCAAGGCACUGGCGACGGAGCAGUCAACUCUGAAGCAAAACACUGAGAUCGCAUCUCCAGACACGGGAGAAUCUUCAACAGGUAAGAAUGAUACUCCCUCGAUUGGAAUGGUAUCUGAAAUGAAACAAACCCUAGAUCUGGAUUUGAACGUUAAUCACGAGAUAACAAUGGGAGAGAUGAAGGAUCAAAGGGAUGACCAGGUGGAACCUAAACGCACAUUUGUUGAAGUAGUAGGGUUUAAAGAAGAAUCUAACCUUGAACUGAAAUUUGUGCAAUCUGAGAAAAUAGAUGGGGUUAGAAUGGCAAGAAUGUCUGAGGAGGAUCUGAUGGAUAUAGCUAAUUACUGGGAAGCAACUCUUCUCUGUUGUGUCUUGGGAGCAAAUCCUCCACUAAAAAUCAUGGAUGGAUUCUUAAGAAGGAUAUGGAAGGAGUAUAGCAUUGAGGAAAUCUCAGUGCUAAGGGAAGGCCAAUUUGUGGUGCAGUUUGGUAAGAGUGAGUACUAAGUCUAGGCUGGCAAAGUUCAUGGACAUAAGCAGGACUUGUGAACUAUGUGAUGCAGCGGAUGAAGACCAGGACCACCUAUUCUGUAAUUGUAGUUUUACCAAGGAACUACUUGAUAGAGUAUCUACCUGGUUAAAUUACAAAAUAGAGGGAGGAACGGUCCAAGACCUAAGGCAAAAACUGAUGAAGCUGCAGGGGAAGAGGAGGAAACAGGUCGUAAGCGCUUACUCGGCAGCUUGCUAUACCAUUUGGAGAGCAAGGAAUAAAAAGUUACAUUCAAG